AUGCCUGCAACUCCACCUGUUGAGACGCACCUCUCCUGUGUCCUCAGAAGCGCCCUCCUCAGACAGCAGAGAUGGGGCGCUGGGCAGGNGGCCGUGGCUGGGGACCCGGAGCCAGAGGCUCCGCCGGGGCAGGAGCGCGACCUCAAGGGCCGACCGGUCCGCCUCCGCGCGGGCACUUUCUGGCUGACAAGGAUCGUGCUCCUGAGGGCCCUCGCUUUCGUUUAUUUUGUGGCAUUCUUGGUGGCCUUCCAUCAGAACAAGCAGCUGAUUGGAGACAGGGGACUGCUGCCCUGCAGGGUGUACCUGCAGAGCGUGCAGCGGCACUUCGGAGGGCGCGUCAGCUGGGAUGCCCUGAGCUACGCCCCCACCGUCCUCUGGCUGCUGGACUGGUCUCAAAUGGAUGCCAACCUGGAUGCCCUGGCCCUCCUCGGGCUGGGCAUCUCCUCGUUCAUCCUGGUCUCCGGCUGCGCCAAUAUGGUCCUCAUGGCUGCGCUCUGGGUCCUCUACAUGUCCCUGGUCAACGUGGGACAGAUCUGGUACUCCUUUGGGUGGGAGUCCCAGCUCCUGGAGACCGGCUUCCUGGGCAUCUUCCUCUGCCCUCUCUGGACGCUGUCUGCGCUGCCCAGGGGCACCCCCACGUCCCGGGUCGUCGUGUGGGGCUUCCGGUGGCUGAUUUUCAGAAUCAUGCUCGGAGCGGGCCUGAUCAAGAUCCGAGGGGACCGGUGCUGGCAGGACCUCACCUGCAUGGACUUCCACUAUGAGACACAACCGGUGCCCAACCCCGUGGCCUACUUCCUGCACCGCUCCCCGUGGUGGUUCCACCGCUUCGAGACGCUCAGCAACCACUUCCUGGAGCUGCUGGUGCCCUUUUUUGUCUUCCUCGGACGGCGGAUGUGCAUCGUCCACGGGACCCUGCAGGUCCUGUUCCAGGUGGUCCUCAUCAUCAGCGGGAACCUGAGCUUCCUGAACUGGCUGACCAUCGUGCCCAGCCUCGCCUGCUUUGAUGACGCCACCCUAGGCGGCCUGUUUCCCUCGGGGCCUGGCCGCCUCAAGGACCAAGUCCUGAAGAUUCAGAAGGAGGAGGCCCGAGGGGCUGGGGCCCCGCGGACGCGCGGCUGUGUGGCACGGGGCACAGUCAACCUGGUGCUGGGCGUUUUGGUGGCCUGGCUCAGCAUCCCUGUGGUCCUCAACUUGCUGAGCCCCCGGCAGGUCAUGAACAGCUCCUUCAACCCCCUUCGGAUCGUCAACACAUACGGGGCCUUUGGCAGCAUCACCAGGGAGCGCACAGAGGUCAUCCUGCAGGGCACAGCCAGCGCCAACGCCAGCGCCCCCGAUGCCGCCUGGGAGGACUACGAGUUCAAGUGCAAGCCCGGGGACCUGAGGCGGCGCCCCUGCCUCAUCUCACCGUACCACCACCGCCUGGACUGGCUCAUGUGGUUCGCUGCCUUCCAGACCUACGAGCACAACGAGUGGAUCAUCCACCUGGCGGGCAAGCUCCUGGCCAACGACGCGCAGGCCCUGUCCCUGCUGGCCCACAACCCCUUUGAGGGCCGGGCCCCCCCCAGAUGGGUCCGAGGAGAGCACUACAGGUACAAGUUCAGCCGCCCUGGGGGCAGGCACGCGGCCGAGGGCAAGUGGUGGAUCCGCAGGCGGCUCGGCCCCUACUUCCCGCCUCUCAACCUCCAGGACCUGCGGGGCUACUUCACAUCCCGGGAGUGGCCGUACCCGGAACCUGAGUAGAGGCAGCCCAGGGCUCGUGCUGGGAAAUAAAGCAGGAGGACAGCG